AAUAUACAUAUAUACCACUUUGUAUACAAUACACCCAACGGUGCAACAUUCUCUAAAAAUCUAUACUCACUUUCUAAUCGCACUUUACAAACCGUCUGAUAUUAGAAUUUGCGUAAUUAAUUAAUGCUCGUAUUUAUUUAGGUUUAUAUGAAUUUAUAAAUUUCCCUAAAAUAAUUUUGGUACCCCUUCAAAGGAAAUAAAAAAAAAAGGUCUGGGUGGCCCACAAGUAGGCACAAAAAAUACAGAAAACGCUCUAAAUGUGGCAAAAAGGGUCAUGCAACAGUGUAGACUUUGCCAUGCAGACUUACCAUUUCUAGGCGUUCUCUUUCUUUCUCUAGUUUCUCUCUCUAACCUUCUCUCCAAUUGGAGAUCAAAGGAGUUGUAUUCUUUCUUUAUAAUCUCUCUCUUCUCCUCUUUUGAUCUCCUUCAUUCUCCCUCUUCUUUCUCUUUCUCUCUCCAUUUUUAGCAACCCCCAUUUUCUUCUUUUUCUAAGUUUAGAACAAUUACAAAAAAGGAAGCUUUUUUAUAUAUAUUCUUAAGCAGAAAAACAGGGGAGAAAAAACAGGGGAUUGUUGAUUUUUAUCUUCAUUUUUUUUAGGGUUUUAUAGAAAUUAAAUUGUGGGUAUUUCUGGGUUUUUGUUGAAUUGAAAUGGGUCGUGGUAAGAUUGAAAUUAAGAAGAUCGAAAAUGCAAAUAGCAGACAAGUUACAUUCUCAAAACGUCGUUCUGGGUUGCUUAAAAAAGCUCAUGAACUUGCUGUUCUUUGUGAUGCUGAGGUUGCUCUUAUCAUCUUCUCUAGUACUGGAAGACUCUUUGAGUUUUCUAGCUCUAGCAUGAAGAGAACAAUUGCAAGGUACAAGAAUGCUCUGGAAACUUCUGAUGUUUCAGUAGGAAAACCAAAGCUUCAGCAGAUCGAAGAUUUGAAGGAGAUUGAUAGUCUGAAAGAUGAAAUAUCUAGGCUCCAAGUGAAACAAAUGAGGUUGCUGGGUAAAGAUUUGUCAGGCUUGAGCAUGAAAGAAUUGCAGCAGCUGGAAAAGCAACUCAAUGAAAGCCUACUGUCCAUAAAAGCUAAGAAGGACCAAUUACUGAUGGAUCAACUAGAGCAUUCACGCGUACAGGAGCACAGGGCCAUGCUAGAGAAUGAGAGUCUACGCAGACAAAUUGCUGAACUUAGAGGAUUUCAUACACCAUCUGACCGUCCGGAACCUAUGUAUCUUGAGUACUAUCCCAUAGCAGCAAAGGUUUCCUCUGAGACAAAUGCUACUUCAGGUUCAGAUGCAAUCUGCAACAGUGAAUACGACAAAACAGAUACAGAUGUUACCUUGCACCUAGGCAUUCGAAAGAGGAAAGCAACAGAGAGCGACUGUGGAAGUCCAGCAGCUUCUCCUUGAUCAUCUUUCUCUGCCUCAUUGCUAGCUGCUGCUCAAAUUGGCACCAGAUAUAGCACAUUUUGGUAAUAUAUUAUAGCCAGCCGGAUAUCUAUUGGCACUUAGUCGACAACUUGACAUCAUAUAUUAAAUAAGUUGUAAAUAUUUAGUUAACUACUUCUAGUAUCGAAUAGUCUACUCCUCUACAGAUGAAGAGCUAUCUGUAUGUCGUACAGAAAGAGCUUUAUCAAAGCCUAUGUGAAUGAUAUAUUAGUGUGUCACUAAACUUGUGUCUUUUUAAGUGAAUAUCAUAAAAAAAAACAGCAAUCCAGAAUCCCAUUCAUGGUGGAGUAUGAUGGUUAAAUG